AAGUUUACUUGGCCAAAGUUUUGUGAAGCACCCAGGCAUCCUGGCUGUGAGAUGGCUUUCCACUGGGUGGUAGCAGCAUUUAUUUUCCUUCAGCAGGAACGGAGCCGCUUUCGGUUUCAGCUCAGAGAGAGCCAACGUGCAGCUGGGGCAGGGGAGGAGGCAGCACUUCCCCUUUGUCUGGGGAAAAUCUCAUUCCAUUCCAGCAGAGAGAAAAGUUUCUAGGUGAAUACAAAACUAUCCAGCUCUACUUCAGCACAUCAGAAAAUUUCCUCCAAGAUGUGGCUUGUGUUAGAGCUGCUGUGAAAAUGUUGCUAAACAAAUGGAAUGCAUUGUAAUCCCAAUUAGUGGUUGGGAUGAAACACAUGCUCAUUCUGUCCCAAAGCAAGAGGGGCUUGGUGCUGGUGCACAGCAACGCUUGACUUGCAAAGCUGGUGAGCUUGGAGCCUGUUGGAGCUUGGAAAACGUGUUGGAGCUUUCUCAAACCUUCCAGCAUUGGGUAUGUUUGUGCAGAAGAAGCUGUUUAGAUGAUACCCUGUUUUCCAGUCCUUGUUUCACUACUGAUUUUUGAUCAGUGUUAGUCACAACACCUGAUUCAAGUAAAGUCAGCUGGUCUUUGAGCAGCCCCCACCUUUGUGUGAAUGUAAAUCAGCCCUCAGGGCAUUUGGCUUCCCGGGCCCGGGUAAGCUGAGCCUGGUAGAAGAUGGGUUCUAGUGAGUUUUCUGGACACAAGAGAUCUCUCUGCAGCCUGUCAGCUUUGUAUGAAAAGGUGAAAAAGUGGAUUAGGUUAAUUGGUGAACCUUCCUGAGGAGUAGGAACUGUGUUAGAGGGGGAAAACAAUCCCAAGUUGAAAUGGAUGAGCUUUGAAAAGAACACGAACGGUGAAAUUAUAAUGUGGUGUUUCUGUAAGUUAACUGCAGUUGAUAAAAACAUGCUGCUCCUUUUGCCAAAUCAGAAAUUGUUUCUAGCAGCGGGUCUCAGUGAGGCAGAGGGGUUUCAGGAGGGUAGAGCCUGGUUUCCCAAGCCAGGUUUUACCUGAGGGGUAAUGUCCACACCACAGCACUGAGUCUCACUUGAAGCUGAGACCCACCAGAGAACCUGUAAACAAAUACGUGGCACCAUUUUAGCAGUGGCUGUUCCUGAUGAAAUUCAUUUUGGGUACAAAAGAUGAACUUUAAAUGUCUCCAGCAUAUUUUGAGUAUCAGUUCUGCUAUAAAGAACUCUUUUGCAAAACUUCUGUUGUCAGCUUUUGUGUGAACAUGUAAAAACCCUACUAGAAAGCUGUUAAUAAACUAUAAUCACUAAGACCUCUGCUAGAAAUGCCAAUUUUGUAACAACUCCUUUGGCAGUGAAAAAAACAUUUCACAUUUUGUAAUGCCCUUUACACAGAGACCACCCAGAAACCAUGUGAGCAAUUAAAAGGUGAGUCUGCCUCUUUUUAUCUUUGGUUCAGAUUAUACUGAUUUCAAGAUAGGCUUCAGCACCUGGAUUUUGUUUGGGAAUGGCUCUGGAAGGUGCAUUAUUUUUGCAUCGCGGAUUAGAAUUGGAAGAGAGAAAGUCUAUUUGCACAUACAGUGGAUAAUUAUCUUAUUGAAGUAAUAUUUCCUCUGAAAGCCUGAUAGCUAGAUUUCAUCCCAGAGUUGCAAAAAUCGUAACCAGUUAGCUCCUAAGUCAUUUUUAUGAUGAAGAGUCACCUUCUUGCACAGAGAGCUGGGUGUAGGUGGCUUCCCUAAUUUAAAUAUAACAAAAUUUCCCUUUACUGAACAAUUUACAUUGAGAGAGGCUUUGUAGAACUGCAGUGAGAGCAGCGUGAAAUGUUUUGUUUAUGGCUGUAACUCGUGCACCCCGUGGCUUUUGUACUGUUGUUGCACAGCCACACAUCGAUGUGUGUGUGCAGACUUCCCUAGUGCUGGAGCAGGAUCCCACACAUGGACUGUGACAGGGCUUUAAGCCAAUACAGAAAUUCCCAAUAGGGACUUCAUGAUCACUCCUUAUUCCAUUCAAGCACGAAAAAAUGUGAGGAAUUACUUUAUUUAGGAGUGCAGUGAAAUUGUGCCAAUUAUGCUGAAACAUAAGAACUGCUUUUAUUCUUACAGCACUGGACAGGAUCUCCAGCUUUGGCCAUUAGCAGUAGUGACUGAGGAGACAGAGUGACCCCAGUGGGGUCGUGCAGGCAGAGCCGCGAGCGGCCGCCGGGCCGGGCAGCGGAUGUUGGGGCUGGUGAUUCACAGGGGCAGGAAACCAGCGACUGCAACGAGCCCUGGAGGAACCAGCCCCGGCAGCUGGAGGUGCUGGAGCAGCUGGGACACUUCAGGGACAGCAGCUGAGGCCGUGGGCUGGAUUUGGCCGGGCCAUGGUGCAGCCGGAGCUGUGGGCGGCCGCGGCGCUGAUGCUGCUCGGGGCGGCCGUCAGCCUCUGCCUCAGGUGCCAGCUCUCGGGCUCGAAAGCCAGCAGAGAUUUGAGGUGAUUCGAUCCCAUACCGCUGCAACCCGAAGGCUGGAAAAAAGUAAGGAACCUGAAAAGUUAUCAAUAGCAAGUAAAGCCAACGAGGAGCUCAGUGCUUCCCAUCACACUGGAUAUGGGAGCAGGGACCAGGCCAGGUACCAGAAUUUCCUGGCAGAGAACUGCCUGGAAGAAGACACUGCCUAUGUGGAGCCCAUGUCUCUGGAUCACUACUACAAUUGCACCAGGCUCUUCAAACCACCCUGUGGCAGAUCUCCAGGCAAGCCAGAGAAAGAUGAGGAUUCCCAUUCCUAUGAAAAUGUGACCAUUGGAGUGUCUCAGGGCUCUGAUCCAGAUGAGGCUGUAGACUAUGAGAACAGCAUGACAGUACUCACAUGGAAACUCCAGCAAGGGCAAGCCCCGGUGACAGAAAGCCUGGAUGAUGAGCCAGACUACAUCAACACAGAUCCUGCUGUCAGAGCAAAGGCACAGGAACUUCAAAGUGCUCUGGAGCAGCUGGAGCCAGCACUGCUCCAUGCCGUGGGCACCCAGAGCCCCUGCUCUGAGCAGGGAUUCCCUCAGCUGAGCCCUGCCUGCUGUGCUAGGACCACACAUCCUGCCCCAUUGUCACCACCAGACCGAUGCUGCUGAUAAAGAAUUACUCAAGUAUUCUGCAUAAAGACUGAAGAAAUCUUUUGCUGAGCUGUAAGAGCGCACCCAGCGAACAUGCACACAGGGAGAGAGGAGAUUUCCAUCCCUCAGUGAAAUCUCUUCUACAAACUAUGCCUGCAGUGACAUAGAAGGGGUGUCACUGAAAGAAGAACUACACUGCUUGAAGCCCCACAGAAGUCCAGCAGCAAACCAGCGACUGGAGAGAGCACUCUGCCCCCAGAGACCAUGGGCAAGCCCCAGGCUCCUCAUCCUAAUCUCAUUUUCCUGCACGUGCACUCGAAGAUGACCAGUCUGGGCAAUAUUUUCUCCUGUCAGACAUGAAAUGAAUUCUUAACUUGCUGAGCAGUAAUGCAGCCAGCUACUUAAUUUGUCAGGGUGACUCAUGCACAAUGGUAUUAAGGCAUAGGGAUUACAUUCUGAGUUAGUUCCUGUGCUCUCCUAUAGAAGCAGUUUCCUAUGUGAGAGGAACUGGCGAGGCAGAGGUGGUGUUUAUAACAGCAGUGGUUGUCUGGAGCUGAAUGAGAUUCCAACCUGUUCACAAGAGCUAAAGAGGAUUAAAUGCCUGCCUUAUCCAUGGGCAUGUAAUUCACAGUGUUGGUCUAUGGCAGUUUUCCUCAUGUUUCAGUAUCUGUUUUAAGAUGAUACAAAGAACAGCAGCAACUGUGAGAGUCAGAUCCGCAGCCACCAGCCUCAGAAACUGUACCAGUCCCUCAAAUGGCUGUUGGAACAUCUUCCCAGAAACAGAAUCCCUAUUUCCUGAGCCCUGAUGUACAGAUCUGACACUUCUGGAACACUUAUUAAAACUGAAAAGCUUCCAAAGAAAAA